GAGACGACCAUCGAACACAGCUAAUGUGACGUCAGAGAUUACCCUCUUCAUUAAACUCCAAUCUCCAUGUCAAAUUGUAGUUUUACACUAAAACUGCUUGAUUGCAGGAAAGGACCCUCCUAAAAAAAAAAUGUCUCUAACAUUUCACCAAAUAAUUUGUGACGCAAAAAAACUUGUUGGUAAAAUAUCUGAUCACGAAAACGCUGCUGAUCAUUUGAUAACAGAAAUUCAAUCAGUAUGUAGUCAAAUUGAUAACAUGAAAGAAUAUCAAGAAGAAAUCGAUGUUUUAAAUACCGAGGCUAAGCAGAGACCCCACACACAGCUGAUUGCUGGCAUUCAACAAGAAACACGACACUUACGAGAAAUACAAGCCGAAAAUAAAGAACUUAAAAAUGCCUUGGAGGAUCAUCAAAUUGCUUUAGAACUAAUAAUGUCAAAAUACAGAAUACAAACUUCAACGUUGAUCAAGGACUGUAAAACGGAUUUUCGUCGCUUUACAAUUUAAAAAUUAGCGAAUAUUAUUACGAGUCAAGCGGAAAAAAUUGACGAAAUGGCUGCAGUUAUGAGGGUAGCAGCAACGCUUGAUGAAGAAAGUGAUUUGAAAUACAAAGAAAAUCACUCAAGAUUGCAAAAAGAAAAUGAUGAUCUUCGGAAAAUACUCAAUCUUGCAAAUAAAUAUGGUUCUUUAAGUCCAGCUGAAGCACUACAAGAAAACAAAAUUGUACAAACUGAGCCAGAGUGA